AUGUUGUUGAUGUCUCAAGUACAGCUAGCAGAUCCCCGAACAGAGGUGGAACCAAAAUCAAAGACGCAGCAUCUUACACCUCCUAGGAACCCAAAAGAUAAUCCCAGUACAAUCUCUGCGACCCCCCGUCGCUUGCAUCCUAAACGGCCUCGCCGAGUUCAACUCUUGAACGACUUGUCUACUGCAGACAAAGAAGCCAACUUCAAAACCUCUCAAGCUGUCAUUAAACUACCCAUCACAAAGGAAAUCAGGACCGAUGAUCAAUCCAGGUUGGAAGAAGUAAUACCGAAGGCAGCUGAGGUGCCUACGGUCACAAAAACACCACCAAACAAGACCCCUGAAGUUAUUGAAUACGACGACCUCCAGCGUGGCUGCAGACGAUUCUCUCUGCUCAAGUUUGACCCUGAUGUACUAAACCUCAUACCGACAUCAGUCAAAGAGAAAAGAUUCAUGGAAACUACAACAUUAACUGACAUCCAAAACUUGCCCCAUGCAUCGGAAAUCUUGAUUAGAAGACAAAUACUUGGACUUUGGGAAUGGAAAGAAGGCACCUCAAAAGCUGUAUUGCAUGAAUUCAAGACACCUGAACGUGGUGCAACUAUCAGCUCCAGAGCAUAUAAGUUUGUUGGCUUUGCUUGGAAAGGUCACUUAGGACAACAGCCCCCAAGAAUAGAAGAACUUCAUGAAGACAUCUCACAAGGCGCCGACACUCUCAGAUGGUAUUGGUUCAAAGAUCUCUGGUUACUUUUUUACUUUGAUUAA